AUGGUCGACAGUAAAGCCAACCUGGUGGCGGCGGAUGGGACGACGAAGCGGGGACAGGGUGAAAGGAAAACGCAACAGAAUAAAAAGCUGAAGUACAUAAGUCUGGCUGUACUGGUGGUCCAGAAUGCAUCACUCAUUCUCAGCAUCAAAUAUGUGCGCAUGUUGCCGGGCGAGAAGUUCCUCGCCACAUCGGCCGUGGUCAUGGCGGAGAUCCUCAAGGUGCUGACGUGUGUUCUCAUCAUCCUGCUGCAGAAGAGAUUCAAUAUGAAGGAGACAAUAUCGUGUCUGGUGAACGCCAUCUUUCAGGAGGAUGUACUGAAGCUAGCCGUUCCGUCUCUCAUCUACACGCUGCAGAACAACUUGCAGUACAUCGCCAUCUCCAAUCUUCCUGCUGCCACGUUCCAGGUGACGUACCAACUGAAAAUCCUGACCACGGCAAUCUUCAGUGUGCUGAUGCUGAAGAAGACUCUGUCCAAAGUGCAGUGGCUUUCACUACUGCUGCUCUUCAUUGGUAUUGCCAUUGUACAGGUUCAGCUGGGGGGCACCAAGGAGCAAGUGAGAGCCAAUCAGAACUACGUAGUUGGCCUGUUGGCUGUGAUCAUCAGCUGUAUGUCAUCGGGAUUCGCCGGCGUCUACUUUGAGAAGAUCCUCAAGGGCAGCUCAGCGUCGGUGUGGGUGCGCAACGUGCAGCUGGGCAUCUUUGGCACUGUGCUUGGCAUGCUUGCGCUCCUGUGGAAUGACGGCGCCACUGUGGCCAAUUUAGGCUUCUUCUCUGGUUACACGUCAAUGGUGUGGUGCGUCAUCCUCAACCAGACGUUCGGUGGCCUCCUGGUGGCUGUGGUGGUCAAGUACGCCGACAACAUCUUGAAAGGCUUCGCCACCUCCUUCUCCAUCAUCAUCUCCACCGUCAUGUCCAUUUACCUGUUCGAUUUCCAAGUGGACCAACUGUUUACUGUCGGCACCGGGCUGGUCAUCGCCGCUGUCUACAUGUACAGCCUACCUAAACCCUCAGUCAACCUCAAUUCAUCUUCCUCGGCUACGAGAACUGAGGAGGACGCCAAAGUGGAGGCCUUGCAGACAAACAGCCCCCCCAGCAAAGACUCGUCAGAUGAAAACGUGCGCGUUCCGGUGAAGAUCCCCCCACCCGGACUGGAAGGAGGACUCGGCGACCCCAUGCUCGUCGGGCGGUGA